AUGAUCAAUGUUAAUGAAGAACAUAAGAGACUUCUGGGAGAAGUCAUUAACUUUUCCAUCAAUAUUCAAGAAGUAACUAUUUCUAUUAAUAUAGUUGUAACUAAAGCUUCAUCAUAUGUUACUAUAGACAAGAAAAUUAUUAAUAUUCUUAUUGAAUACAAUAUACUUUCAGAAAAACAUUGA